AUGGUUACCAGUUCAGCGUAUCCUACAUUUUGUCUCCACGAUGCUCCGGUCAGCAUUUCUCUUUACCAGAGUCAUGUUGAUACACCAGAGAGACUCAUUGCUACUGUUUUCAACGACAACGGCUUGUUCCAAGAACAUAUUUCAACAGCGCCACUUCCAAAAUUACGCAUCGUCUCAAUACGCUCCAAGUCAUCAAUCACGCCACUUCAGAUCUCAAAGGAUGUUCUCCAGGUGCUCAAGGAUGCAUAUAAGAUUGGCGAUGAAUUAUGGGACUUGACUUCGACAUUCGGAGACAAACCCAUGAGUGCAGCUGUAGGUGAAGGGGCAAUGAAAGUACAAAGUGGUGAGAAUGGUAUCCAAGAUAUUUCUUACAGACUCACAUACCCGACGCCGGUGGGAGUUGAGGAGUGGACUAUGCGCCAUAUCGGUGUUUUCCACCACCAUGAUCCUAAUGACCUUGAAAAUCUCUGGAUCUUCUUCCAUGUCGGCCGUGAUACACCCAUGCAGAAAGAAAUUGAGCAAUAUGCUGCACUGUCUCAGCAGGGGCUGCGCUCAGAUCAUGCGUGGCUUGCGCUUCAUUCUUCUGCGUUCUCGUCUUGUCUGCAUAAUUGGCGCUCCUACGUUAACCGUCUAGGCUAUGACGUGGAUAGACAUAGUGACAGAUCUCUGGGCUUUAUCUUGAGGAAUAUCGACCACAUUUUGACCGCCGGAGGUGACAGCAACUUAACGGCCAUUCACAACACACGCGACCUUCUCUUGCCCACUUCAUACAGAUUGAGGGUUAUAUUAGAAACUCUCACGAAACUAGGUCAUUUGAGCAGUAUUCUGGGCUCACAUCAUACCGGUGCAGACAAUGGCUUCCGGAAACUUGCCACAUGUGCGGCAUACCACAAAGAUCGUGUCGAGGGGUUUGUUGUUGGGGUAGAAGUCCUAAAGGAGAAGGUCAAGGAUAUCUUGAACAUGACUACAUUAGGGCUGGAUUUCAGGAUGACCAACCAGAUGCUCGACCUCAACAACCGAAUGGUUGAAUUAAACAACCGCAUGCUCAACGCAAAUCAACAGCUGCUCGAACUUGGAACUAAAAGCUUUGAUGACAAUGCAACGGUCAAGGUGGUCACUAUCUUGACGCUUAUAUACUUGCCUGCAAGCCUUGUAUCGUCUAUCUUCGGGAUGAACUUGUUCAAGUUUGACGAUGGGACAACCGAGGAAUUCAGAAUAUCUAAGCAAUUCUGGAUCUAUGUUGUUGCUACAAUCAUCUUGGCGAUCAUUACUGUCAGCGUGUAUCUAUGGACUCGCAAGGAACAGGUGAGAAGGCGCAAUUCCCACCCGGUGAAUGGGACAUCGCAGGAUGCUGAGAAGGAUGCCGAUACUUGA